GAAAAGUGUACAACUAUUCCUUACUAAGUAGUAUAGUUGUUAGUUAUAAGGUUAAGGAGUUAUCCUUAUCAUAAGGAUAACUAUUGUUUGCGUCUUGUUCACUUUCAUGAUCUCAGACAUAUGAGAAAUAGAAAUUAUCACUUUGAUUUUAUUUUGAAGCACUGUUCUUCAACAACUACAAGAACAUCAACAACUACAAGAACAUCAAGCAACCACCAUAUUUCAUCUCUAAGAGCAUCAAGAAGAUGCCAGGUGCUUCUGACAUUGAGAGGUGUCAUGGGCACGGGCAUGGCGAAGCAGGGAAAGUGUGCGCGCGACUUGUUGGAUACGCAAUACCUAGCCAACAGCAGAAUGGUGCAGUACGUUGUGGGCCACUUCAUACAAAUCAAACACUGAAUGCUGCUCUGAGUGGAGUUGCAGGUCAAAAAGAUG